AUGACUAACUCUUAAGUUCAGCCAUCAAUGAACUUUAACUAUCGUAACAGAUAAAGUAAUUAUCACUACUAGCAGCAGCAACCUAACUUGCUAUCAAACUAUAAUAGUGCCGUAGGCUAAGUUGGAAGGGAAAGAAAGUUGAAGGAAAGAGAAGAUAGGAUAAGAAGAGAAAAAGAAGAAUUAGAAAAACUUGAGUCAUAUAAUCCAUUUGGCAAAGGUGGCGCUGGUGCUCCGUUCAAGGAUAGAGAUGGCAAUAUAAUCUCCAAUCGAAGACCUUUCUCUUAAAUAAGAGAACCUGGACCUGCUUUAUAGAAUAGCUAAUCAAAUAAAAACAUCUAUUAACCUAUAAAUAGCAAUCCAUACAAUGCUCCUAUGGCAUAUGAUCAAAAGUCAAAUUUAAAUUAAUCUAUUGAUGUGGGGUAGUUACACAUGAAUUACUAUCAAAAUGCCUAAAAUAUUCAAUCAAAAUCUCCUUCAUUGGGUGCUUAACAAUAUAACAAUCCUCCAGCAAAAAUUACAUCUCUAGAAUCAGCUGACUAAAGAGAGUAAAGGUAGAGAAAGCAGCUGGAUUACUAGGAAGUAUUGAGGCAAUAAAUGGAAGAAAAAAAAGCAAAGGAAGAGGCAGCAAAAAGAAAAAGAAUGGAGGAGGAUAUGAGGCAAGAAAUUAGAAUUAAAGAAGAAAUUGAAAGAGAAAAGAUUAUUCAGCAAUAGGAAAAGAUGAAAAAAGAACAACAAUAAAAUCAAUAUAAAAAUCAAGAAUAGGACAAUACAAGUAUGAAUGCACAUUCAAAGCACAAAAAUGUAGGCAAAGUUGGCUACUCACCUGUAACCUAAUCAAGUAAGGGAAAUAAUCUGCCACCUCCCAAUUAGUAAUAAUAAUUGCAACCAUAGGCUCUUCAUGAGUAGAAAUUCCUGGAUAACGGUUUUAAUAGAUAAAUGGACAUGCUUCAAUUUAACAAUCAAAUGUAGCAGCCUGCUUCUAUGAAUUCUUACUAAUAAAGUAAUCCAGGUCAAGGUGGUUAUGGUAUAAUAAAUAAUAGCAACCAUAUGAUGUUUAAUCAAAUGGAAAAUAAUUUACAGAGUGAGAUAUAAAAACUUAAAACUGAAAUGUUCAGUCAAUAAAAGUAAUUUGAUAAUCAGUUACUAUAAUUAAGAGAAGAGGCUUAACGAAAUAUUGAAUAUAGAGUUAAAGCAGAAUAGGAAUUGUAAAGAGUAAAACUUAAUUCAUAGAGAGACAGCUAAAGACCAAUUUAAAGCGUCAACUAAAGUAGUCAUAGUUAAAGAGAUGCUUCUUCUAAUAUUGCUAGGAGAAGUAUGGCUGGAAUAAACAAUUAUGAGAAGAUGUUUUUUGGAAAUAAUAACUUAGAUUUUGGUAAAGGUCCUUUAAAUUAAAACUCAAACUUGCCAGGAAUUGGCAGCGGAGGUCUUAAUUUUAGUAAUCCACUUUACUAAGGAUUAAAAGCAUAGAAUGAAGCUUAAAAUUAAGGAAAUCAUUUCAAUGGAAGUAUAUCACUUAAAGCUGAAAGCACUUUUGUUCCUGUUAAUUCAAACUUCAAUAUACAUUAGUAGCAGUUCUAAUAAUAGGAGAUGAAAUUAAAUGAGUUUAAAUCUGAUAUCAUUUAACAUUAACCAUCGAUCAUUUAAACUUAGUCAUAAUAACUAGUUUCUAAAACUCAGUCCUAAUAUGACUAGUUUGAUGGAGAUUUAUCUUUAAAUUAUUUAGAAUCUGCUAUUAACGAAAUCAGUGAAUUAAAUAUGGGUGAAAAUUAUAAAGUUACAUAAAAAGCACUAGAAGAUGCAAGAAAAGAAACUCAAAAGCAAUCUUAUAAUGUUGAAAGUGACUAGGAUUAUCAUGAUUAGAAUGUUCCAUCAUUUGAGAACUAAACUGCUCUUAAUAAAAUAAGGCAGUAAAGUAGACCUAUAUCAAGAGAAGUUAAUCCCAUCUAGAAUCAAUUAUCAGAUUAAGUCUAGCCAAAUAAAAAUUAAAGCAUUAUUCCUGAUUACAAAGGGAUACAAGAUGAUGAUGAUGAAAUUAAUUCUCUUGCAUAUUAAAUAAACUAAGUUAAUAAUGCUCAAGCCUAAAAUAAGUAGCAUGAAACGGAGGAGAUUAGAAAGGAAUAUUUAAUGAGGUAAGUUCAACUAGGUCCAAUUCUUGAGUCCUCAAAUGAACACACCAUGCCCUCAAUGGGUCUUGUAGCUACUCAAAACCAACCUAUAAAUGACAAUCUAUAAUGA